AUGGUCCUUCUUCGGCUUCGCGUCGUGGUCUUCCCCCGGGAGCAGCUGUCAUCCACUCGCAGGAUGUUUAGCUUCCUGCCAAACCAUGAUGACCCUAAUGCCUCGCUUUCAGGUUCUGCGAAACCCGCUUCUUUCUUGCUAGUGGUGCCUUCUCCCGAGGAAGUCUCCCUCGCAGGACUUUCUGCCUUGAUCCAGGAAAAGUGGAAGAAGCUCUAUCCUGACCUUGAGCGCUUGGUUAUCAAGAAGCUUCUGGAUCAUGAAAACCCCGCCGACGACCUCGACCCUGACCUGACCGUUGCUGAUGUCUUCGUGGAUAUUGGAAAGGCUCGCAGAGAGGGCCUGGACCAACGAGGCACUUUACAUGUGAUUCAGAAGCCUGCACCGUCUCCUCCAGUCCGAUUUCCCUCAGUUGACAUCGAUUGGGAUUCUGCCGCGAGCCGAUGUGAGCUCCAACGAAAGACCAAGCAGGAAAACUUACCUUCCAUUGACGAAGACGAGGGCACGAGGGAAGCGUCAGGCUCAACGCGUCGCGCUUCUAGUGCCAGUGCUUUGUCGAGUCAGCUAUCACACAUCCACGACCUGCCAGAUCAAGCCGGGAAGCCUUCUUCAUCGGCUAAGCAGCGCCACCGCGGUCUAACGAUCUCUGUCGAGACGAACGAGGACAAUCCCUGUGUUGAUAACCACGAUGGUUCCCCUAUUAAUAUUCUUGAGGACUUCGACAUGCCUACGCCUAAGAGUGCGAAGGAAACUCGCUCCCGCAAACGCAAACAGAGCCUAGAGCAGGCGGAACCGCGGAAGGAGCCGAGACUCCAAACAUCAGACUCCCCGACCUCAACCUCAACCCCACCUCAGAGACGGCAGCGUGCGCCUUCGUUCUCUGGUCCGAGCCGUAUUCCUGCGGACCAACUGUCAGCGUCACAGCGUCGCCUAGGAGUAGGCAUCAUGACGAGCCCGCCAGACAGGAAACCGGUGCAACGAAACAUAAACAGGCCCAUUCCUGCACCCAAUCUGACGCCUGACGCACAUCAGCCUAUCCUAGAUAGCGCAAAGAAAUUAUACUCGAUUUUGCGCAAGGAGUCUCCUGCUGAUGGGUCCCAAAAGCGUGGAUCGGUAUCUUUUACUGACGAUAAUGAGCCAUCCUCAAGUUUCCCGGCCCUGACACCUACACCUACCGAACCAACUGGUCAUCAAUCGUCCCAGAAGAGAUCUCCAUCCGCAGCCUCUGCCAAUUCAACAGAAGUCCGUACCUCGUUUCUCCCACCUGGGAUUCCUCCUGAGAUGGCCCAGAAGUGUGUGGAUGAGAUUGAACAAGAAAGGCGGGAGAGAGAAGACCUGGGCCGUAUGGCCGAGGAUCCAAAUACCGACCCGAAGGCUCUGCAAAUCAUCAAGCGCAUGCUCACUGAAUGGACUAAAGUCACACAACAGGAAAAAGCCCCUCAUAGGAGGUAUGACAGGAUCGCGAAGCGGCGCCAGACAAUUUCAAAGCUACGGGAAGAGCUACAAGCUCUCACGGUUGACAGAGGGAACGAAGCUGCUCUCCCAUCGUCUAGCAGCAAGGCCAGUCGAGCUGUCCCGACCCCUUCUUCUCCCCCGGUUGCUCCAGCUGAGGCUGCUAUUCCAUCGUCCAACAAGAGGGCCAGUCGGGCUGUCCCAACCCCUUCUUCUCCCCCGGUUGCUCCAGCUGAAGCUGCUGUUCCAUCAUCCAACAAGAGGGCCAGUCGGGCUGUCCCAACUCCUUCUUCUACCCCGGUUGCUCCAGCUAAAUCUGCUAUUCCAUCGUCCAACAAGAGGGCCAGUCGGGCUAUACGACCCACUUCUUCCCCGGUUGUUCCCCCUGCUCCUCCGUCAGCUAGCAACAAGGCCACCAAUUCAAAUCGCCCCACCCUGAAGGGUCUGCUUGAGGAACAGCGCAAGGAAAAGGCAGCCCGAGCUGCAACUCAACAGAAGCCGAUUGCCACGGCCCCUUCGCCUCGCCGCGACAUCUAUGAGGAGUCGAGUGAGGAGGAGGACAGCGAAGGCCAAAGUGCCAGCGAUAGUGGUUAG